UGACAACGUAAGCAUACGACUCGCAGAAAUUAGCCUAAGGGAAGAGCAGGUGAGCGGCGCCGUGGUGGCGGUUGGCCGGCGCGACUGGCCUUUUCCAGUUUAAAAUGUGGGCCACUGAUCUCGCCACACGCCACACGGCCACCACCGUCGUCAAGCAAGUUGCAACAUGUUCAACUUCAGAAGCGAGAAAGUUUUCAAUUUCCACGGUGUUGUUUACCUUGGCGCGUCAGACGAUGAUUCAGCCUGUUGUUACUUUUUUCUCCACAAAUAUUUGCUGAUAAUGCUGCGUUUACAUUCUUUCCUACUACUGUUUUCUGUGGAGCUCCCCAGUUAGUCAGUUUUUGCGUUUUGGCUGGUGUAAGUCUAGACGUGCAAACGACGAGUGCUUCGUUCUUUUUCCUUGUGAAUCUUGUCGUUUAGACAACGUUCUGUUUCAUGGACUUGUCAUCAUCCCGGUCCGUUUGAAUCUGUGAUUGGAAAAUUCCACAUUGCGAGUGACGAGAGCCGAGUUUAUUCCGAUAGUCGACGUAUCCCUUGGCCUUGCGAUGGGCACCGCGACGUUUGUAUGGUUAUUAUGCGCGGCCGUGUGUUGGCGAUGCAGCAGCGUCGCCAGUUUGAAUCCCGUCCGCGAAGCCAGCACCUGGACGCGUCUGGAUGUUGAAGCACCAGUGCAUCGCGUGCGCCGCGCCUCGGCCACCUGGACGCCCACCUCGCCCCCCUCUACGGCGCCCCACCACCUCCGGAAAGGCGCCCUGGCCGCGGUGGACCGGAACAGUGAGGAGGAGUUGUUGGCGCGGCAGAACGGGGCCUUCAAGUCCACCCAACAUCCGUUCAACUCCAGCCUGGUCGCGUCGCUGGUCACCACGUUCGACACGACGGACAGCAACGACCAGCUGUUCCUGCACAUGGCCGGCCAGGGCAGCGGCCUGCUCUUCGCCUUCACGCGCAUGAACAACUACAGCCUGCCCCACACCAGCCACCUCUACGUCUCCACCGACGCCGGCCGCACCUUCCGCGACCUGGCCGACCAGAUGCGCCGGCCGGACAACACCCCGGCCAAGCUCUUCGCCGCCGUCAAGACGGCGUCCUCGCCCCUCCACUACGUCUUCACGGAUGUGGAGGUCAAACCGAGCGUCAUCUUCACCAGCAGCGACGCCUGCGCCAGCUUCUCCCGCUGGAGCGUUCCCUUUAUCCCCAGCGUCCUGCAGAUCGACCCCCGGGAGGCGCGGGUGCUGGUGGCGCUGGACGAGAAGGACACGCAGCGGCGGUUGUGGAUCUCCCGCGAUUUCGGCAUGCAGUGGAGCAUCCUCGAGCGGUUUGUCCACACUUUCACGUUCGUCAAGGAGCACGAGCCCAACGCCACGAAAAUUUACAGCCUGUAUGUUCAGCGAAUGCGCCCGGAUAAGCUGUUUGAUAUUGUCCGCUUUUCCGGCUACGCAGCGGCGACGCCGCUCACUGAGGCCGUUAUCGACGGAAUCGAGGAGUUCGAAGCGCAGGGAGAUUAUCUCUUCGCCACCAAAGCGAUUAAGUUGAAAACGGGGAAAAGUACGAUAGCGUUGUGGUUUGCGUACAAACGGCAGAGCUUCCUGCAGGCUGAUUUCCUCACGGAAGAAUCCAUCAUUGACUUCCACGUGGUGAACGUGGUGGAGGCGCAGAUCGUGGUGGCGGUGACGCUGGCCAGCAACGACACGCACCUCUACUUCUCCGUGCCGGCCACCAACAAAUUUGUGCGCUCCCUGGACAGCGUGCUCUUCUACCAUCCCGAUCCCAGCAUCGGCCGCUUCUCCAGUAUGAAGGAAAUCUGGCAGCAGUCGGCGUCCUUCGCGGAAGUACACCCCGUCAAGGGCCUGCGCGGCGUCUACAUCGCCAGCCAGCUGGUCUCCGACAUCCGCCGCCACAUGGGCGACUCGGUGAGCCGGCUGACCAAGGACAACGGCGCCACCUGGCAGACCCUCCCCCCUCCGCGCCUAGACUACCACGGCCACCCCUUCGACUGCAGCCGCAGCCCCGCCGCCCCCUGCUCCGUCAACUUCAUGCAGAAGUACCCCGUCUUCUCCCCGGCCUACACCCAGGGCCUCUACUCCGCCGCCAGCGCCCCCGGAUUAUUGAUCGGCGGGGGCAGUGUCGGGGAGACGGUGACCAGCGGCGAGAUGGGGGUCUUCGUCAGCAGCAACGGCGGACUGCGGUGGCGGGAGGCGCUGCGCGGGGUGUUCCGCGUGGCGGUGGGCGACCAUGGGAAUGUGCUGGUGGCGGUGAGUAUCAGCUGGACGAAGGAGGUGCUGGUGUCGUGGAACGAGGGGGUCUCCUGGGACAGUGUGGAGUUCGCGAAGGAGCGGAUGCGGGUCAUCUCGGUGAUGAGUGAGCCCGGGGAGAAGGCGGCCGUGUUCACGCUCUUUGGCACGCUGAAGGAGAACACCACGGUGCUGCACCAGUGGAAGAUUAUCCGCCUCAAUCUGGCGCCGCUGUUCAACGAGACAAUGUGCACGGCGAAGGAUAUGAAGGAGUGGUACUUUGAGGACGCCAUCCCGGGCCAGUUCUGCGUGAUGGGCAGCCGCAUUCGCUACGAAAAGAAGCGGCCGGCCGCCAAGUGCCUGCUAGGACGGGAUUUCCGGCGUGAUAUCAAGCUGGACAACUGCACGUGUCAGCAGCACGAUUUCGACUGUGAUUUCGGGUACACGCGGACGACCUCCAAGGGCCAGCUGGGCUUCACCUGCACGAAGAGCGGCGAGGGGGAGGCGGCGCUGCCGGCGGUGUGUGCGGUGGGGCAGCUGCAGCAGCGUACGCGGGGAUUCAGGAAGAUCCCGCUGGAUUCCUGCGUGGACGGAUUGAGUCGCCGGUUGGGGCCGCUGCACGUGCCCUGUCCGUGGCCCGCUAGCGACAGCUUCCUUCUCGUGGCCGAUUCCAAAUCGGUGCGGCGAUUUAAUCUGCUGGUCAAACAGCCGGAGGAGGUGCAGCUGGCCGGUGUGCUGGAGACGGGCGGACAUACUGUGAUUAGCGCCGACUACGACCACUCCACGCGCUGUCUGUACUGGGCGCACGUCGCUCCCGGCAAGAUCAUGCGGAUGUGCUUCAACGGCACCGUCAACCGGACGAGCCUGAUCACCAAGAACCUGGAGAAGCCCGUCGCGCUGGCCCUGGACACCAGCAGCCGCACGUUGUAUUGGCUGGACACCCAGCGCAGCGCCAUCGAAGCCAUCCACACCGACAAAUCCGGCGCGGACCGCAUGCGCCGCGCCAUCAUCCACAACCACACCUCCCUGGCCGGCGCCACGGACCUCGUGGUCCACCCCGCCAGCGGGCACAUUUUCUGGUGCAACCCCUCCAAAAAAUCCGGGGGACUCUUCCGGGCGCUGUCCGACGGGACGGAUAUCCAGCGCUACCCGGGGGACAUCUUCCCGGUCAGUCUCGCCGUGGACGCGCGACGCAACUCCGUAAUCUUCGUCUCCUGGGGCGACGCCAAUAUCCGGGAGGUGGGCGUGGAGAAUUUCGGGAAGCGGGAGGAUGUGACGGUGCUGUACCGGGGCGCGGCCACGCUGACGCCGACGCUGGUGGCGGUGUUCAAGGAUUUGGUGUUCUUUGCGUUGCCGGCGAAGCAAUCCUUGGCGAUGGUGCAGCGCGCGGUGCUGCGCGCCGGGAUCAUCCGCAAUUACACCGCGGUGGACGCGGACACCAAUUUAAUCCGGGUUUUUACUUCGGAGCCGGUGAAUCUCCGGAAUCAGUGCGGCGGAUGUCCUGGGUUGUGCGUGGCCAUGCCGAAUAACACCGCCAAGUGCCUGUGCCCGGAUGCGACGCGGACGGUCGGAAGUGAUUGCUUGUGUGCGGAUAAUAGUAGUUUGGCGGCCAAGGGGACGUGUUUCGAUGCGAACAGUCAGCGCUGCGGGAGCGGGCAGUUCCAGUGCAGUGACCCGGAGGACGGCCAGCAUGUGGCGUGUAUUCCGCGGGUGUGGCGCUGUGACGGGGAGGAUGACUGCGGGAAUAACCGGGAUGAGGAGGAGUGCGACGGGGUGGAGCAGGAGAUGGAGUGCGAGGCCGGGCAGGUGCGGUGUAGUGACGGAAUGUGUAUCCACAAGAGCUGGGUGUGCGACGGCGACAACGACUGCGUGGAGGGCUCGGACGAGCGCAACUGCAGCGGCCACAGCUCGGCGGUGUGCAAGACGCCGGGCAGUUUCCGCUGCCAGGACAGCGGGCGCUGCGUGCCGGCGGGCUGGAGAUGCGACGGCGAGGACGACUGCGCCGACGGGAGCGACGAGUGGGACUGCGAGGUGGAGCCCGGGAACAGCACGCUGCACUGCAAGGACGGUGAGUUCGCCUGCACCCGCGACGGCACCUGCAUCUCCAGCACCUUCCAGUGCGACGGCGAGAACGACUGCCCCGACGGCAGCGACGAGAAUGACUGCCACAAUCGCAGCUGUUUGCCACUGCAGUUCCGCUGCGCCAACAGCAAGUGCAUCUACGAGACGUGGCGCUGCGACGGGAUGAGCGACUGCCUGGACGGCAGCGACGAGGCCAACUGCAGCUCGGAGUUGGACCACUCCAAGGUGGACGCCGGCGCGUCGUUUAACUGCGCCGACGUGGACAUGUUCAACUGCAGUGGAUCCACGCCGCAGUGCGUGCCCCUCAACUGGAAGUGCGACGGCGCCGAGGACUGCAGCAACGGCAUGGAUGAGCGCGGCUGCCAGGGCCUGUUUCCGGCAAUGGCGACGGAGUGCCCGGUGGAUGCCGUUCUGUGCGUCUCCUCGGGCGUGUGCCUGAACGCCAGCGCCCGCUGCGACGGCGUGGAGCAGUGCCGCGACGGGGAGGACGAGGCGCAGUGCGCCUGCGCCACGGACGCGGAGGAGUUCGACUGCGGCGCCGACACCGGCCACCAGUGCAUCGCCGAGAGCUGGGUGUGCGACGGCGACUGGGACUGCCCGGACGGGGCCGACGAGGCCGUGGAGCUGUGCCGCGGACGGAGGGUGCAGUGCGCCGCCAACGAGUUCCGCUGCCGCUUCGCCGCCGGCUGCGUGGACCAGGACAAGGUGUGCGACGGGAAGGCGGACUGCGCGGAUGGGUCGGACGAGACGGCGUGCAUGACGCUGCCCGGGGGGAUGGGGGUGUGUGCCCCGGAGACCCCGCUGGCCUGCUGGGACGGCGUGCAGUGUGUCACCAUGGAGGCGCGCUGCAACGGGAGAGAAGACUGCAACGACGGAUCGGAUGAGCAAGGCUGCCACAGCCUCCCCGACAAACAGAAGCCGCUGCGCCUCCUAGAGGUGGCGCGCGACAACGUGACGGCCUCGGCGGCGUACCUGUGGUGGGAGUGGGACGGGGCCGCCCGCAGCGCCACGCAGUACGUGCUCAGCGUGCUGGGCGAGGGACACUCGCCCCUCAACUACACCAUCGCCGACCAGCCGCGCCGCCAGUCGAAACUGGUGGAGAAUCUGACGCCCUACACGAAGUACCGCGCGGCUAUUUAUUCCCUGAAGAAGAAGGCCGUCGCCCUCCGCACCGUCACCUUUAUCACCAAAAUGACCAAACCGAGUGCGGUGCGCAACGUGCAUGUCAACCAGUUCGGCGCGGACCAAUUAUCCCUGCGCAUCAGCUGGGACGCCCCGCUGCAUCCCAACGGACAGAUCCGCAAAUACCGCAUCACUUUAUCCACCUCCGGACCGCCGCCCGCGGUGGCCACGCAGAGCGUCUCCGGCAGUGAGUUCUCUUCGAUAUUCUACCAUCCCACGCUCCACCGCGUGUACAACGUGUCCGUCCAAGCGGUGGUGGGCAGUCCGCUGGUGCCCAAUUUAUUCGAGAGUGACCCCUCCGUCCCGGUCAGCCAUUUGGUCAGCGGGGAGGCCCUGACCGUCCCGGUGCGCAAUUUAUCGGCGUCCAGCAACAAAACCUGUGUAGCGCUGCAGUGGAGCCCGCCGCUGACGGGCGCCGUGGCCGGUUACCGGAUUAAAUAUCGCGUUUUGGAUGUGGAGAAGUCCGUGGAGUGUGGGGCGACGCAGUGGGCGGGGUGCGGGUUCGCGCCCGGGACGCUGUACCGGUUGUUCAUCGCGGCGUUUAAUAAAAUCGGGGAGGUGACGGUUGUCGGUCCGGCGGCGGAGAUGGAUGUGACGACCAAGGGGAAGCUGGUGCGACCGCCCUGGGAGCUUCAGGCCGCGCGCGGCAAGGUAUCCCUGGAGCGGGUGACAGUCAGCUGGAAGUGGGCCCUGGAGGAGGCGGUGGAAGGGAUGGAGGCGGGGCAAGCGGUGUUCGGUGUGUACCUGGGCAGCAAUCUGCAGGAGAACGUGUUGCGCGGACCGCAACUGAAUGUCACCGGGAAGCGGGAGGCGGUAUUGAAGGAGGUGGACCCCUGCCGGGACUACGUGCUGCAGGUGCGCGUGCUGGGCCCGGGGCUGCACACGGCCUUCAGCCCGGCGCUGCUGCUGCCGGCCAGUCGCAAUGUCGCGCAGUAUGUCAGCAAUCUCAAGGUGGCCAAACUUGAUGACCGGAAGCACGUGAACGUGUCGUGGACGUGCGGCUGCGGCGGGGACACGGCGCCGGUGAACGCGUCGUACCUGAUCCAGCUGACCAACUACUCCGUCCCCGAGGGAUCCGCUGGCUACGAGGAGACCAUCGAGGUGCCCUUCGCCGCCGCCGCCAACCGCAGCCAGCGCAUCCGCGUCCGCAUGGGCGCGCGCUAUGCCGUAAAGGUCAUCCCCAACGCUCAGCGCCCCUAUUCCAGCAACCCGGUUCUGUUCACAUCAGCGACCUACGCCACGCCCGAGCAGGUGUACGCCGCCCGCCUGCCCAACGGCUCCAUUUUACUGACCUGGCAGCCGCCCAAGAGCGUGAAGAAGGAGGGGCAGUUAGUGCGCUACCGGGUGGCGGUCAGCGGGGCGCCCAUCGACAAGCCGGGCGAGGACGCCGCCAACGUCAUGCACUACGACGCCGACAACAGUUCACUGCUGCUGCACUUGCCGGAUGUCGUCGGGUUUUACAAUUUCCGGGUGGCCGUCGCUGAUGGCGAGGGGAACGUCGGGGAUUACUCCAGUAAUAUCGCCGUGGCGGCGGUUAUCGCUGGAGCGAUGGAUAACGGUGCGCAAGGAAGCGAGGAUACCUCCGACUCGGCCGGUCUCCUGGCUGGGUUGGUCGUGCUCCUGCUGCUGAUCGCCGCGGUGGUGGCCGUCGUGGUGGUGAGGUGGCGACGGCAGCGUCGUCGCUCCAAGGAAAUGCGUUCACAUUUGUCCAGCCACUUCCGCAAUGCGCCCUACGGAUUGGAAUCUCUGGAGCUGGACGACGAGGAGGACAUGCCGGUGUUCCGCAACUUCGCCGACGACGAACCGCUGGUGGCCAACGCGUCCUAGACUCUUUUAAAGAGCCGCGCUGUGUGUCAACCGAUCAGCUUGGUUUUCCUCGGCCAGCUCGCCCAUUCUCCCUGAUCUCACGGCCCUCCUGCUUGCGCAGGUCCGUUGGAUCGCCGACCAAUCCACCUUGUCCGUCUCGGUGUCCAUUAAGAAUCACUUUCUACUUUUUGUUGUGGUGUUUCUGUUGUUUUGUUGUCGUGAUGGUGACGGUGUUGUUUGUGCUGGCAGCUGUUUACGGCGCUCGGGUGGCGACCGCUUCCCGGCGCGGAUAACUGGUAAUCAUGACGCUCAAUUUGACUGUUUUAAUUUCGGCCGGUCGCUGUUGUUUCAUUUUGUGUGUUUGCCAGUUGUGAUCUGUGCUACUAUUUUUUGGCUCAGAAUAUUUGUGAUGAUUUCUAAUGAAUUAAUUUCCUUCCACUGAGAACAGCCGGUAGAGUGUACAGAGUGUACAAAUACACUUGGCUCUCUUCUGCCGAAUGAAUAAAUAAUGCGCUCUCGC